AUGCCGUCUCAGGGGCCUUCGAGCGUGCCCAAGUUUGGGUCGUUCAAAAGAAAGCUGGAGCGUGCUCCAUCCCCGGAACAGAAACAGAGCCACAGGAAGAUCCAGCAGACGGAGGAUACCAGCGCUCAAAGCUAUCAGCGACGAUCUCGUAACCGCCAAAAUAACGCAUCCUCUAGGGAAGCCUUCCAAUCUUCGACGCCGGAAAGCCCUGAGGACAACAACAUCUCGGGCUCCCGGUCUGAUAUAUCCCACCGCCCAGCACCAUCUUCUCGCGGCGCCAAAGAUGAGCUUUUCGCCAUUGACAAGCGAGGUGAUCCGCUAAUUAGGCGCUAUGGCUGCAAUGAUCGGUAUGCGAUCCCAUCAUAUCGCAGAUUUGGCAGAGGUCGACUGCUUGGGUCCGAUGCCUUCUUUAGAACUGAGCCACAUGGAAAUCGCGAAGUCUUUCUCCUGCGCAGCUACCGUGAGGGUGGUUCCGAGCUCAGUCGGGAUCGAAUGAGCGUCCUCACCAAAUCUGCUCGCGGUACCGGGGACCUGGUGCGUGUACGGCAGGAUAAGUCCGCGUCAUUCAACGGAACAGAGGACUUUCUACCUCUUGUGCCGAUUAAGAAGCAGAAGCGUGGCCGCUCUGGGUCUGACAUCUCUUUGGCGGAAGAUCAACAACCAUCGUACAGGUCUAUCCAUGGAAUGAGCAAAAAGCAUCAAGACUCGGAAAGCGAUGAGACCUAUGACAGCGAUUCGUCCGCCAACUAUGACCUUUCUGAAUGCCUGGAUCCGAUCAAGAAAAAGGGCGUUCAAUUGACUGCACGGAUCAAGGAUGACCCAUCGGACGUUUCUUCCUGGAUUGAGCUUGUAGAGCAUCAAGAUGUACUUCGCGACCUUCAUAGUUCCAAUGACCGCAAUCCCACGCAAGCCGAAAUCAAGAGUUAUGCAGACAUCAAGCUUUCAAUGCUUGAAAAGGCCAUGAGGCACUGCCAGUCUUCCGAUCGUGUGACCGAGUUGCGCCUCCGCAUCAUGCUGGAGGGGGAGAAGAUCUGGGACAACAAGACUGCCAGUCAGCGAUGGCAAGAGUUGAUGACAACUCAUGGAAACGACUUCCAAGUCUGGACGGCCUUUAUGGCUUUCCAGCAGUCUAAUCUGCCCGAAUUCUCGUACCAAAGCAUCAAACAGAGUUACGUCCAGAGAUUAAGCUGGAUUAAAUCCGAGCUCGCCAGGGAGAACUUGGAUCCAGGCAGACAGGUGCUCUACAGCCAGCUGGUCAUUGUUUUCUCAAGAGCACUCCAGUUCAUUGCAGAUUCUGGUUAUGCAGAGUUGGCGACGGCAGUGUGGCAGGCUAUGCUCGAGCUUCACUUCCAACGGCCACUGAAUUUGGUAGACGGACCCCCCGAUGCGGCCUUGUCAAGCUUUCGCAAUUUCUGGGAAAGCGAGGUGCCGCGUAUCGGAGAGCAGGAUGCGCAGGGCUGGGCUUCCUACGAGAGCAACCAGGAAUCACAAGAGCCACCGGAGCCCAGAUUGUAUGACAAUUUCACCCCACCGCACACGAGGGAUCCUUAUAAGGCCUGGGCAGCCGUGGAGAAACAGAAGGCUGAGGGGGCCAAGGCUCCGGCACGCACCUUGGAUGAUGGCAUAGACGAUGACCCUUACCGUGUCGUCAUGUUCUCUGACUUUGAGGAUCUGUUAUUCAUCUCACCUCGGGCGUCACAGCCACUAAUCCAGCAACAAAUACUUGAUGCAUUCCUUGUUUUUUGUCAAAUGCCUCCCGUUUUUGGCUCAAGCUCUGCUAUUCGAUCAAUUCUUGUAGACCAAUUCAUGAACGGCGGCCAAAAAGCAUACAUUACUGACCAAAAGCCAACCCGUCAGCAAGAAUCCGUUUCAUCCGAUAUGAAACGGCCUGAUUUUGCCUCACAGAUGCAGAGCCACGUCAAGACGGUAGAGGUGGCCUUUCCUCUCUCAGAUUGGUUCAGGCUCAUGCAACCGGCCGAAGAGGUUCUGCUACCUGAGCAGUACAGUCUGGUGUCGAACGUCUUAAAGCAGCUAGUCGUGUCCUUCAAAAAUGCUGGACUUGCUACAUACUAUCUUGCUUUUGAUCAUAUCAACAACCCCGGCAGUAGGAAGAAGACUGCCAAGUCUCUUUUGAAGGAUCAUUCAAGCCACGUAGACCUGUACCUCGGUUUCGCUAGGUCAGAGUAUUCUAAGAGUAACAAGGAUGCCGCAAGAAGCAUCUUGUCAGCGGCAUUGGGGCUGGCAGGAUUGACAAUGAAAGAUCGAGUGCGGUUAUGCGUUUCCCAGACUUGGAUGGAACUUGAAAAUGGUCAACUCACAAAGGCUCUAGCUCAACUGUGCCUGGCUGCAGGAGGGCAGGCGCCUGAAGACCCAGUCUCUCCGGCUCGAGUACUCCAAACUAGGGAGUUUUUGACCAGAAAUCGGGAUCAAAUGCUGUCUUCAAGAGCUGUAGACGAUGCAGAAGCAUAUACAGAGGCUCUAUCGCUAUUGGAAUACGUCACGGGCAUGAGCGGCAAGGAAUCUCAAUCGGGGGUACAAGGGGAUGUAUGGUUAGCGGUGGCCAAUAUCAACACGUUUUCCGCCCAACUUACGUCACGAGGUUUGGCAGGCAGUCAAACACAGGAAACGUUGUUCCAAUUCGCUGCGCAGCUACUUUACUACCAUGCCAGUCACGGUCCAUAUAGGCCAGGUUUCUUUCGCGAAUGUGUUGAGGGCUAUACUCUAGCAUUUCCAAGAAACACGAUUUUCCUGAGCUUGUACGCCUGGCGCGAGGAUCGCCUGGGCAUAGAAGAUCGAGUACGCUCCAUCCUGGACGAGACGGUCCUCAGUAAAGCGAAUGACUGUGCCAGCAGUCGCGCUUUCGCCAUACGGUAUGAAAUAGCUACUGGAAACGCUCACUCCGCUUGUGCAGCCUUUGAACGAGCUGUUGAAAGCAACACAUGCAAAAAUAACACCGGCAUCUGGAUAUCCUACAUCCGUUACUGUCACGGAAAGAGAGAGCUGCGGCUCAAAGCGAAAUCUGUAUUCUAUCGAGCUAUCCAGAGAUGUCCGUGGUCAAAAGACGUUUUCAUGGAGGCAUUUGUCACCCUGGCUCGAGACAUGGACACAUCGGAGCUGAAAUCAGUUUACAGUACACUCUGUGACAAAGGCCUUCGGGUGCAUGUCGAACUAGAUGUGUUUGUUGAGAAUUGGAAGAGCACUUUGAAGCAGGAAGAAAGACAGCGGUAA